GCGAGGUGACUGUGAAUGUUUUAUUCUGAGAGAGCCAUGCAGAGGAGCUUUGGGAAGAAGAUGCUCAGUUCUGAGGUCCAGCACCAGCACUUCAGGCAGUUUGUCUUCCAAGAGGAGGCUUUGGGGCCCCGAAAGGUUUGCAGCUAUCUCCACAAUCUCUGCUGUCAGUGGCUGAAGCCAGAGAGACACACCAAGGCUGAGAUGAUGGACCUGGUGAUCCUGGAGCAGUUCCUGGCCGUCCUUCCCCCAGAGAUGGGGAGCUGGGUUCGAGAGUGUGGAGCGGAGACAACCUCCCAAGCAGUGGCCUUGGCAGAGGGCUUCCUCCUGAGCCAGGCAGAGGAAGAGAAGCAGGGAAAGGAACAGGACUUGUUUAUGAAAGAGAUGGCUGAGAAGGAGAAGGGUCCUUUUGAAUCCGGUCAAAGGCAGCAGCCAAAGUGGAUCACGCAGUACAGAGAAGAAAUGUCUUCCUCAAUGAGAGGCGGAAUAAGAACUGGGUCUAAGUGUACAAGCACAUCUCUUCACCCUGAUGGACUCAGAACACCUUCUGGGAGGCUAGAUCAGGUGACCUUUGAGGAUGUGGCUGUGGAUUUCACAGAGGAGGAGUGGGCCCUGCUGGAUCCAGGCCAAAAGGCCCUUCAUCGGGAAGUGAUGGAGGAGAUUCUGGGGGCGCUGUCCUCUCUGAGCAGUGAUGGGCAACUGAAAGAGUGUAAAGAGAAGCCAUGGCAAGAAUUGAUGCAAAGAGACCUUUGCAAACAGGUAAAAGAGAAGGAAAGAAAAACUGCCACAGAAAACGAGAGGAGAACCACUAUCCAAGGAAGAAUACAGAAACAAAAGAAAAGAAGUAAAUAUCUUUGUCCUAUGAGACCCUUUUCCUUUUCUGAUAAGACCCAGGCAAAGGAGCAUCCUGGUUCACAAAGCACCCACACCAGCUGCCUGGGAGGGAACUACCACGGAAUCAUGCAGGCCGAGGCAGUGAAGUACAAGAGGCUCAAGGGUCCUGCCUGGUCCGAGUCAAAGAGGGACACAGGAAUCAAGGCAAAACACUGUCAAAGGUCAAAGAAGGCGGGAAGUCUGAAGCAGGAAUACAGGAUUGUGGAAACAGCCUGCAGCCUGGCUGGGCAUCUUAGCUUCUUUUUUGCUGGAUCCUUUGUCCUCUUCUUGACUGAGGGACCUAAGACCCCAGCGGUGUCCUCUCAUAUCAUCAGCAGCUCUGCUUUGGACUAG